AUGGCCCUGGCUGGAGUGCGAGUGAUUGAGCUGGCUGGUCUGGCCCCGGCGCCAUUUUGUGGUAUGGUCCUGGCGGAUUUCGGGGCCAGCGUGAUCCGGGUCGACCGCACCAAAGCUGGGGUCACGGUGGACACCCAGGGGAGAGGGAAGCGUUCUGUGGCCAUCGACCUGAAGACCCCUGCGGGAGUCGGCCUCCUCAAGAAGCUCUGUGUCCAGUCAGACGUGGUCCUGGAACCGUUUCGGAAAGUUCUGUUGGAAAAGCAUGCCUUUGAGAGAAGGAUACGAUGGAUUUCUCUGCCCUGCCCAGAUCCUGAAUGGACAGGUAAGGACCCUUGA